AUGAAACGAUCACGCCGUCGCCACGAAUUGGAUGCUGGACGCAGGACCAGAAACUUUGCCAAUGCUUUUGUCUUGGCAUUUGUGUACUUACAGUCAGAAGAUAAUACCAAACUUUUGCUGUGGAAGAAGACUGGUAACUGUGAAUGGACUGGAGUAUUUGCUAAUCGUGUGUGGACAUUAUCACAGAAUAAUGAAUAUAUUUUGUACAGAGUGACAAAUUGCCCUGCCCUUGAAACUACUGAAAAAUUAAAAUCCACAAAGAAGAGUAGUUCUGGGGUUCACUCAGCAGGUAGAGUGAAAGGGAUGCCAAAGAAGACACCCACAUGUGAAGUUGCAGAUGUUGAAAUUAAUAGAAAUGGUGAUGUAUUUACCAAACAUGAUGAGUGCUUAUCAGAGGAUGAUUUAUUAAGAAAGUAUUUUAGGUUAGAUGUGUCACUUGAAGAACAUUAUGCACAGUGGUCAAAGAAGGAUCCGCAUUUCAAGAAGGCUGCUAAGAAAUUUACUGGAGUGAGGAUCCUCUCUCAGAAUCCUGUUGAGACUCUCUUCUCUUUCAUCUGUUCAUCCAACAACAACAUUGCAAGGAUCUCAUCCAUGGUGGAAAAACUGUGCAUUUUAUAUGGAAAUAAGAUUGCUGAUUUUGAUGGUACAGUUUACUAUGACUUCCCCCCAUUGACUGCCCUCACAGACCCAUCAGUGGAGAAAUCACUACGUGAUGCUGGCUUUGGAUACAGAGCCAAAUUUAUUUACCAGUCAGCAUGUAAAAUCAUGCAGUUGGGUGGUUCUGACUGGUUACAGCAUUUACAGAGUUUGUCCUAUGAAGAAGCUAAGAUGGAACUAAAGAAAUUGCCAGGAAUUGGUGCUAAGGUAGCAGAUUGCAUUUGCCUUAUGUCUCUGGGACAUUUGGAGGCAAUUCCAGUUGAUACUCACAUUUAUCAGGUAGCAGUUCAGCGAUAUUUACCUCAUCUCAGAGGUCGCAAGGUAGUCACUGAUAAAAUUUACAAUGAGAUAGGGAGCCACUUCAGAUCAUUGUAUGGUUCUUUAGCUGGUUGGGCACAUACAAUUCUCUUCUGCGCUGACUUAAAAAUGUUCCAGGAUGAUCCUGUGAAACGUAAGCUGGGCAUAAAGGACAUAGAAACUUCAAGAAAAAGAAGGAAGCUGAAACAGGAGCUUUAAUACCCUGCACCACACUUUGAAAUAUGUUGUUUGAAUCCUAGUUUAUUGUUCUGUUACACAAGAAUGUUUAAAAUAAAGACUGGAAAAGAAA